AUGGAAAAGGCACUUCAUAUGUGGAUCGAAGAUCACGCGCAGAAGAAAAUACCCUUGGAUCAGGAAUUAAUAAGGGAGAAAGCUUUGAGCCUUUACCUUUGGUUAGAGAAGAAUGAGCCGUCUUCAAGUAAAAAGAAAGACUUUACCGCGAGUAAGGGAUGGUUUUAUAACUUUAUACGUAGUAAUUCCAUUCGCAACGUUAAAAUCAAGGGUGAAUCCGCAUCGGCCGAUGUUUCGGCUGCAAAUAGUUUUCCUCCAAAGCUCGCUAAGAUCAUAAAAGAAGGUGCGUAUCAUGGUGACCAAGUGUUCAAUGGAGAUGAAACGGGUCUUUUUUGGAAAAGAAUGCCGUCUCGUACCUACAUUACGCAGCAGGAGCAAUAUGCCAGUGGUUUCAAAGCGGCCAAAGACAGGGUUACCCUGUUAUUUUGCAGUAAUGCUUCAGGCGACAUUAUGUUGAAACCGCUAUUGAUCAAUCGUGCUAUGACGCCCCGCUCGUUGAAGGGGGCUGAUUUCAACAAACUGCCAGUGCACUGGAAAGCUAACACUAAAGCGUGGGUCACAAAAGCCGUUUUUGAGGAAUGGUUUUACGAUAUGUUUAUUCCGGAAGUGAAAACAUACUUGGAAGGAAAAGGUUUGGAGUUCCACGUGCUUUUGAUUUUGGAUAACGCUCCAGGACACCUAGUUAUCAAGCACCCAAACGUUCAAGUUGUGUUUCUUCCACCGAAUACAACUUCUUUGUUACAGCCUCAAGAUCAAGGAAUAAUUGCUGCUUUCAAGAAGUUGUACAUUAAACAAUGUCUUCGGUACAUCCUCGAAAAGCUUGAAAGCGAUGAAACGAUGACGGUAAUUCAAGCGUGGAAAGAAUUUAAGAUAAGAGACGCUCUGACGUUCAUAGGAAAGGCUCUGUCUUCUAUGAAAUCUAAAACAUUGAAUUCGUGCUGGAAGCCACUAUGGCCAGAAUGCGUGAAAGCUGGUUCAACAGACCCUUCAAAUGUGGAAGAAUCAGAAAUUCUCAUUCUGGCACAUGCAAUUGGAGGGAAAGGAUUCAAAGAUAUGGAUAGUAGAGACGUUGAAGAGCUUCUUGAAGACACCGAAAUUGAAGAUGAUGAACUGAUGCAGAGUUUAGUCACAUCGGAGCCUUUAGAGGACGAUGAAGACCGGGAUAUCAAGCCAUGUGAUAUCGAAGACGGGAAUAAAUUAGCGGAUACCCUCGUAAAACAUUUUAUGGAAAAGGAUCCUUGUGUUGAGAGAGCCGUUUCAUUUCGGAAUGAUUUGAAACUGUGUAUGCUUCGCUACAAUAGAUUGAACGAAAAAACACAGCCAACAGUUAUCGAUGAAGAUGACGAGGAUUUCAGCUUACCAUUGGAACGCAGACGAUCUCGUCCGAUUUCUUCGGAUGAGGAAGAUAUCGCCACAUCAUCUAACCGCAAACAUCCACGUGUUGCUAAUGAUAGUGAUUAG